UGGAAUUCGUAGUAGCGCAAUGUAUAAGUGUGUCAGAUGUAUGAAAAUAGUGUUAAGCUCGUGUUGUUAUUGGGAAACUAAUUAACCAUGACUUCAAAUUUAAGAGAAAAGUGGCUCGACCACCUAAAUAGCACUUGGGUGAAUGAAAACUGCGAAUAUGUAGUAACCGGUCAUAAUUUAGUAUCGCUUUUUAGCCGAUUGUUAGCAAAUAAAGAAGUCAUUUUGACACCAGCAUCACAUAUCAAACCUAAUCAAGAUGCUGGGUUACCUGAUUUUGAAUGCGAAUCACCAACAGCAGCUGAACUCGACCAUCACAUAACAAGUUUACUGGCGGCUCAAUUAGAGCUUGCCCAACAUGUUUGUGCAGAUUCAUCUUUUUCGUUGGUGUUGAUGCACAGGCUGCUGGUUUUGCGUCGAAUAUUUUAUGCAAUUUGGGCCAAAUAUCACGACAAGGACAAGGUGAAGUGCUUACCACACAGUCGGGAUCCUAAAAGCCGGAAGGAAAUAAAUGACUGUUCUACAGAAAAACCGUGUACAGCCUCACAAGCUUUAAUAGAGAUGGGUGUUAGAACUGGUCUUAGUUUGUUAUUUGCACUAUUGCGUCAAACGUGGACUUUUCCUUCUACUACAGGAGCUCCAAAUUUGUGCAACGAAGUUUUGACGACUGCAAUAUCUGUCGUGAGGAAUCUUCCUCCUCUCUCCCUAGCCAAUGAAAGCCACAUAACGUCCCUCGGCUGCCAGAGCCUACAAGAUGUCGUAAAUUUUUUGCGGGACUGUACUCUUCCGGCAUCUGGGUCAGAUGAAACCUGUCAGAUCUUAUCUUUAGAGCUAGUUCUGGAAUUGGCCUUACAGCGUGGUUCUCUCAGCCAUCUUCUUCAGUGGAUGGAUUUGGCACUGACUGCAGCUAGUAAGGAGGAGCCCCCAACUCUACCGGCAUCAGUCCUGACACGAGCAAUUAAACUGGUCCGGUGCUCUGCUGGAACCAUGCGUAUGUCUGCUUCAGUCAUGGAUUACCCUUCAUUUGAUAGAGAACAUGUGCUUCUCUACAAGGCUGUUAUGUUGCUGAUGCAAGAACUUGUGACAAUGGCUAGCGAGUAUACACGAUCAUGCCUGGGCACUGACAAAUGCGAACGAUUUGGGUCCACCCGAGGAAGUGCUAUGGAAGCUUGUGAAGUCUAUGUUUGUGGAAGCAAUUCAUCACACCAAGUUGCUGAGGAGAAUCAGGAGAAAAUUCUUAUACCACAACUUGCAAAAGCAUUCACCCAAGUACAGCAGGUUGAGGCAGGACAAUAUUGCUCUUUCAUUAUCCAUACAAAUGGCACACUAAGUGCUUGUGGGAAAGGGAGCUAUGGACGGCUGGGUCUAGGCGACUCAAACAACCAAUGUACACCAAAGAGGGUUGCAAUAGAUGGGAUUGUAAGGAAAGUAUCCUCUUCAAAAGGGAGUGACGGACACUCAUUGGCCCUUACAGAUGAUGGAAAAGUGUACAGUUGGGGUGAUGGUGAUUAUGGGAAACUUGGGCAUGGUAAUAGCACCACUCAGAAGCAACCAUUACUAAUAACCGGACCAUUUGCAGCAAAGAUUGUGAAGUAUAUACAUGCUGGAUAUAGACACAGUGCAGCUGUAACAGAGGAAGGGGAGCUAUACACAUGGGGUGAAGGAGACCAUGGGCGCUUGGGUCAUGGUGACUACAAUGGUCGCAGUGUCCCUACCUUAGUGAGAGAUCUGACUGGUGUUGGACAGGUGGCUUGUGGUAGUGCUCACACAAUUGUGCUGUCAGCUGAUGGGCGUACAGUGUGGUCCUUUGGUUCAGCAGAAAAUGGAAAGUUGGGGCAUGGUGACACACAGAAAGUGCCUCGUCCGCGUAUCAUUGAAGCACUGCAGGGAAUGUGCAUUCGCAAAGUUGCUGCUGGCAGCCAAUUCUCUCUUGCAUUGACAGCUAGUGGACAGAUUUACACGUGGGGUUUUGGAACGUGUUUAGGUUGUCGAUCAGGAGAGACCGUGACAGCCCUGCGACCACAGCUGGUUGAAGACCUUGCACAACUUCGUGUAGUGGAUGUUGCAGCAGGUGAUUCCCACGUGUUGGCACUCACACAUGAUUGUGAGGUUUAUGCUUGGGGCAACAACAGUAUGGGUCAGUGUGGACAAGGUCAUACAUCCUCACCACUUUCUCGACCAGGACGUGUUCUUGGACUUGACAAUGUUCCUGUGCAUCAGAUUUCAGCUGGAACAAGCCACAGUGUGUUCUGGACAGCUUUACCUACAGACAGGCAAGUCAUUUCAUGGCAUCGCCCAUUUUGUGUUGACCUUCAGGAAGAAACUUUUGCACUUAUUCACCAUUUUCUGGAAAAGUAUGCUACCGUGUUUGAUGAGAAAGACAUGCUUAAACCAUUUCCAACUCCUGAAGAGAAGCACUUGUUUGUGAGCCUUAACUUGCGCCUUUUGUGUGCUCACUUGUCUUUGGCUCUUACUGGUGGCUUGGGCAGUGCUGUGCUGGGAAGACAAGCUAAAGCACUACGACAGUUCCUUUUCAGGUUGGUUGACUUGUCAACCCCACCGUGUGUGGAGAAAAUUAUUAAUGAAACACUUGCAAUUGGUGCUCCAAUGUUGCUUCCACCACUCAAAGAACGCAUGGAACUCUUACAUUCACUACUACCUCAAGGGCUAAACCUUUCCAAAGGACAGAGAAUGUUACUUGACAUAAUUUUGGCAAGCUUGGAAGACCAUGGUCAUGUCUCAGCACUGCUUGGCUUUAGCAGUUGGUCUGAACCAGAGGAGCAACUGGAUGUACAAGACCUUAAAGCUCUCAUGGAAACACUUCUUUGCAAUUUAUGCAAUCACACUCUGGACAAUCUUAGUGCAUUGGUUCAAAAUAGUGAUGAAAUGGAACCAAUUGUCUCAGAUAAAUCUACACCUAUACCUAAUCUAAAGCACUUGCUUUCAUCUUUGCAAGACCAUCUACUGGCAUACUGCUGUAUGGGUUCGAAAAACAUGGAACUGCUGUUACAGAGCACAACCAUUUUAGAAGAUCAUCUGAACUCAUUGUUUUCCAUGGCAUGUAAAAUUUUUGACCAUACCACUGGACUUGUAGAAAGAUUUCCCACUGCUUAUUCUCAUUUACUAGGUGUUCUACGGGAUUCUGUGGCUGGAAAUAUGCUUUCUAAAGUACUUCACACACUGUUAUUGCAAGAAAUAUCUUUUGUGCAGGAUGUAAUGUUCUGUCUGCUUUCACUGAUGCCAUCUCUGAGCUCUCUAAUAAAGUUACUGUUUUCAAAGAAUAUCUGUGCUAUGGAUACCUUUCUCCCUGAUCUGGAUUCUCCUGGACCAAGUCCGAGUACAUAUUUUUUUAUAGACUUGAGUCGUACAUGUGCCUUAUUGGUGGGACGUUGCCUUGGCGGUAUACUACAUGGACCACAAUUUUCUUUGGAAGAAAAGAAUGGAUGUCACUGGUUAAACCACCACCUGUUUUCACAUGGACGAGAACUUUAUGAUUCAAUUGAUGUCUUGAAUGUUAUACUGGAGCUUACAAAUACAAUUGUUGCUCCUGAUGCUGUUAUCUCCCCUCAUCUACGAGAAAGUGUCAAGCACUUAAAGCCAGAUGUCAGACUGUGUGUGGAAUCCUUAGACAUAUUUAAGAAAUCAACUAGUGUACAGAAUAGUGGGGGAGUGUCAAAUGAAAAGUGUUUUUCUGCUGUUAAUGAGUCUCAACUGAAGGAAGAUAUUUGUUGCUCUAAUAUGAAUAUGAGAAGUUCAUAUGGUUAUUCUGACAGUGAUGCUCCUAAACACUUUUUUCCAUAUGAAGAUAUGAUAGAAUAUGCACAAGCUAAUGAUUGGGACACGUGUGGACUGGAGUCUAAUCCAGUUCUUGAAGCUAUUUCCAGAAUACUACUUGCAGCUUUGCUGAAGCACACGGGAUUGCUUUCAGUUGCUGUCAACAAGCAGAUGGGCAGAGAAAACACAGUCAUUUGUGAACUAUAUCAGCUGGUAUUCCAACAGCGCCAGAGACUCUUGUCAUCAAAGAAACCAGAGAAUAAUUUGGAAACAGCUGAUGACAGUGCAUAUCUUUCGGAGCACGAACACGAGCCAGAAGAAGAGAAUGGACAGGAUCGAUUGGAUGACACUGAUUUGGAGGAUACUCACAAUGAUAGUGAUGGGCUAUUAAUUGCAAAUGAUUUUGAAGACCAGUGUAAAGUGAUUCUGAAACACUGUUUGUUCCUGCUCAUUGUUUUAAAAGGACCAGAUGAUAGUGAGGAAAGUGAUGUUCCUGAAACAGGGAAGUCUCAGCUUCUACGUGAUCCCAACUCAAGCUCUCGUCAAACUUUGUGCAAGUCAUUGCUUCACUUUAUCUGUGGUGAACCAGCAGAGCGUCAGUUACUGGCAAAUUGUACUGACCAAGAUUCAGGAUGGGGAAGUGAACCUGAUCAGUUACUGCUUGCCAUGCAACAUCAGGAUGAAAGAGCAGAGUUAAGGCUAUCAGCACUGAGCAAAGUGAUGGAUAUUCUAAUUGUAAAUGAAGGAAAGGAGGGUGGUGAUGAUUUUUCAUUCUUCCUGAGUUAUAUACGUCAACAGUUGCUUAUUGGAUGCUUUGGUUUGAAUAUUCUUUCUGAAAAGCAACCUCGUAACAUUCGACAUCAUUAUUUGGGUGGAAUAAGGGCAGCAACAAAAGAGCUUCAGUUACUGAUUCAGAAGACAGCCCAUCAUAUCUACUCAUUGUUAAUAUCAUUUCUUCAGCGGUCACAGCCAGUUUUAAUGGAAAACCAGGUGUUGACAGUAUUUGCUCUGAGUAUGCGAUAUGAACCCGCUGACAUAGAACAUGCUGUUGAUGAUGGCUUGCUGCCUUUGCUGACAAAGCUGUGUGUUCCAAAACCUGGAGAUGCAGCAACUCUUAGCACAGCUGCAACAAAUUUGCUGCAUAUUCUUUCUAUGUCCAGUGGAGUCCAUGCCUGGUCCCUUCGUCCAGAAACACUUUCUGCUGUUGUGGAUGCCUUGCAUGGACAACUUACGACUUUGCUGCAGGCAUGUGACGAUGAUGGUGCAGGGAAUGGUAUGGGAGCAGCAGUGGAACGAGCUCUUGGUGACUUCCUUGUGCUUGCAAGACACAUUUGUGGCACAUUGCCAUUACGUAGCCUCCUAGCUGCUCCCCGCUGGAUAUCAUCUUUGUUGGAAGCAGCAGGUGGUCAGCGGUGUAUGGGUCAGCUUCGUCCGCGCCUUCUUGCACUUGCUUUACUUGAAGCUGUUCUUCCUACCCAGGAUGCUCAUAUACAUGGGUCAGAGUACAAAGAGCAGGUGGUACGUGAACUGUUCAGUCAGUUAUCAUCAAACAUGUGGAGCUACCCACAGACUGUAGCAGAGCGGCAGGCCUUAGAAAAACAGAGGCAACUUCAAAAGAAAUUGUUUCAACUAAAAACUCAAGGAAAUUCGUGGCAAGAAGCUGAUCCAAGUGAUGGGAACAUUCCUGUUGAAGAAGUUGGGUUUGAUCCUGAGAAAUGCUUUUGUUGUACUGUUGAAGGCAGACAGACUUUAGUUCAUGCACCUGGUGGAAGAGGUUAUGGUUUAGGAGACACUGCUAUAACAUCAGGUUGCUACCAGUGGAAGUUCCUGAUAGUGAAGGAAAAUAAAGGAAAUGAAGGGACAUGUGUUGGUGUAGCCAGAUAUCCAAUUAAGGACUACAGCCAUCGUACUACAUCUGAUAUGUGGCUUUAUCGUGCUUACAGUGGCAACUUGUAUCACAAUGGUGAGCUUCCAUUGUGCCUCCCUAGUUUCACGCAAGGUGAUUACAUUACAGUUGUUUUGGAUAUGGAUGCUUGCACUAUUAGCUUUGGCAAGAAUGGUGAAGAACCUGUUCUAGCCUAUGAAGAUGUUGAUGCAACAGAAUUGUACCCAUGUGUCAUGUUCUAUAGUACAAAUCCGGGAGAGAAGGUCAAAAUAACAGACAUGCAGGUACGAGGGGCUCCAAGGGAAAUGUUCCCAGGGGAGCCGUUGUGCGCACCUCAAGCAGCAGUAUUGUCGGAAUCAUAUGUUUCACUCAUUAGGAAACUUAACACCAUGGAAAGCUGGACACAUCUGGUGAGUGAAUGUCUGGUGGAGCGCCUGAAUCAGAUUCGGGAACUACUACCACAUACAAGUGCCAAAGAUGGAAAAACUUCACUACAGAUUUUGAUGGAGAAACUCAAUCGAGAUGACAAAGAAGAUGAUAAACUCAAAGAAGCAGAAAAGUCCAAAGAAGAAACACCAUCGGAGGUGGACACUGGUGUCGAUCAACAACAAAAUGUGAAAACUGAUGAUUGGAUCAAGAAAAUAAACCUAGAACAGUUAUGCAAGGAAGUUUGGCCAGCAAUGGCUGUGAUUGGUGGUGUGGACAGCGGAUUGCGAGUGGGAGGACAGUGCAUUCACAAACCAACUGGCAGACGAGCCAUCAUUCUAGGAACCUUGAAGAAAGGACUUGCAUCAGUGAAGGUUCAGUGGGAAGAUUCUGAGGGCAGUAUAAGUGAUGCACAGCUAACUGCACUAGAACCAUGUGAACCUUUACCAUUCAAUGCAAAUCGAAUAACAGGAAUCUCAUCUACAACAUUUUUUGAGAUUGCUCGACUCAGUGGUCUGACUGAUGAGUUGCAUUUUCCACAUUGUGACCUAACAUCUGCUGAAAUGGAGCUUCUUAAUAUCCAGCAACAUGUUUCAUUGACUGGUAGUCAGCAAGGACGGAAGCUCCGAAGGCAUUCAUCACACUCCAUACCACACACUAGUAGCCGUGAAACUGAUGUUGGGAGUCGCAUGCGCACUGUUGAGUCUCUUACUAAUGAAAUGGUGUCAAGCAUUAUGGGAGAAGUAACAAGGAGAGGAAGCACAGAAAAGCUUCUUUCAUUAGAAUCAAAUGCUAAACCUACUGAUCCUAUCAGUGACAACAAAGACGUGACUGCAACAAGGGCUGCAAGUGCCAAGCUGAUGGAAUGUGAAGAGUUAUGCCUACAGAUAGCUUUCCUACAGUUAGCAGCCUUAAAAACCCUUUCUGUUCUGUUGCGAAAUGGUAUUUAUGCAGAACUGUUGCUAGUACCACAUGCUGAUUUUCUUGUUGCUGCAGAAAAGGAAACAGACAAGAAAGAAUUAAGAGAGUGUAACAGUUUGGUAGAAGAAACAAAAAAUGAUGCUAAAGAUGAAGCUGUACUACCGGAAGACAAGGAUCUUGCAGAAGUGCUUAAGAAUAUCAUGAGACUUAUGGUUGAUAAGUGUGUGCAGCCAUGCCGCCUGCACUCUGUGGCAACACUGAUGGAAGUAGAAAGAGUCCACACCGUACUUCAUUGUAUGUAUAUGCAGGCUAGAGCAGAAGAAGUACUGCACAUUUCAGAGACUGAAACAAAGCUACGUUCACUUGCCAGUAGUAAAGAUGAUACUCCUGUCACUACUGCAAAUAGCAGCAUUCAGGAUGGUGUACCAGGUACCAGAGCAGCACAUAAUGCUACCCCUACAAACACUGCAUCAGGACCAUCAACACUGUCUCGUCUUAUUCGUGGCAUUCCACAGAUACGUCCUCCUACUUCUCUCCCAUUAGGUGCUUGUAGCUUUUCUGAAUUAUCAUCUCCCCAGCCACCAUAUCCUUCUGCUUCCAAUAAACCAUCACCUCAAUCUGCACCUCUGCUGCGGGCACCUCAGCUUCGUUCGCCUUCACCGCCACCGCCUCCGAUAGCAGCACCACUCAUGGAAAUGGGCUUCUCUCUGAAGCAUGUACAGAAAGCAAUUAGUGCCACAGGAAGCAGUGGAGAAAUGUCAGCGCGUACAAUUAAUGAACUGGCUACGUGGAUGAUAGAGAACCCGUGCAUUGAUUCUGAUCCAGGCGAAAAUCGUUCGUCAUUCAAUAUGAGUCCGAGUCCAUAUGAUCUCUUACUUAGACUAGAGGGUGUUCCACAAGAUCUAAAUACACUCACACAAAAUGCAUCCAACGAUAUAGAACUGUUUUUAAGCAGGCAUAUGCCUUCAUAUAGGAAACGCACAUCAGAUAUACGCAAUUAUCUGACUGAAAGAACAGCCCAAGACAGAGAACGUCAACAUGUUCGUGGUGAAGCUCAACCUUUAUUUAGUGGCUCAUCACAAGACACUGACAGCAGUGAUGGGACACAGAAUGCUGAAGGACACAGCGUCACAACUGGUGUGUUUCCUGUUACCUCAGGUACAUCAGGAUCUUUCUAUUCAACCUGCAGUAUUUGCCAUUCAACACCACCUCAUCUUGCCGGACAUAUGUUAUCAGCACAUCCAGGCUGUGGCUUCCUAUGGGGUGCUGGAUAUUGUGGCAACAUUGUAGGUACAAAUUACAUCCUAUGCAGUGAGUGUGAAGCAAUAUAUCGUUUAAAUAUGUAUACGUCACCAAAAUUUCCGGAUUCUGGGACACCCUCUAAUGCAGCUCAGAGCUUGGCUCCUGAUCUUAUGGGUACAGAUCCCAUUCAAGAAGAAGAAGAUGAUGGCUUUGAUGCUGGGAAUUUGGAACAGAUAAGCCGUCUACAAGCAGUUUUUGUGAAACUUUUAAGUGGUGAACGAUCUGAAGUACCAGAGCCAUUACAGUUCACUGAGCCUGAUCCAUUAGGUGCAAAUUCUGUGCCUCAAGUGACUGCGGAUGUUGCAAACCAAAAGUCAGGUUCAGCAAGAUCGGGAAGAAUUGAUACAAGCCAAAAGCAUUUAGGUAAACAAGCAUCUCAGUUAUCAUCAUCACAGGAUCGAAUCACUGCACUACAACGCAUAACACUGGCCGCUCAAGUGCUAGUUGGUCGAUCCACAGUCAUGAGUGCACUUGCCCUUCUAUCUGUCAGUGGUAAUUCUUGCAGUCUUCCUGCUGGCCUUGAAGCAAUAGGUUUGACAGAUGUGCGCAAGGUGGUGCGCCUGAUGACUCUGACUGCAGCAUCUCGCAUUGAGUUACCUGGAAAUCUUCCAGCAUCUUCCACGUUUGAACCGUGGUCCGUCACGCCAUGUGCUCCAGCUGUGACUACAGUGAAGCCCACUCUGCGAUUUCCAGGAAAUCUGUCUGGAGCAGCUGCAACAUGUUUACGCUAUCUUAGUUCAGCCAUUGCAGCACUUGCUACUACUGAUAGUGAAGCUUCUAGGCUUGUUGUCAAUAUGUGCACAAAGGAACUAUUAAGUGCAGCUCUUAGGAAGCAGCCACUUGGAGUUGAAAUAUCAGCGAAUUUUGCUGUCACUCAAUCUCUGGUUGGUCUCUUGUCAUCAAAUGGAGGUUCUUCCCUUGUUGAAAGUGUGAAAGACGCAGUUAAUGAAAAGCUUCCUAACAGCCCUAAUGAGAUGUCUUCACCACUUCAGUUGGCAGAUGCCUUGGCUGCCUGUGUUCUGUCCACUACUUUACCUCCAAACUACAGACAGUGGGCUUCUCAGCAAUUGGUUAAGUGCCUUGCAGCUCGGUGCACCGUAUUGCCUAAGUUAGAACUAGAAUCUAUAAACUUUGCAGACCUCACGAAUGUGAUGCCUCCCUGUCAAAUUGAUGAGUUAGAUGGUCAUGACAACCGCGUUAAUAAUGCUGUAUUCCAUUCUGGGAGACAGUUGCUAGCAACGAGUGGAUACGAUGGAACUGUCAGAAUAUGGUGUCUCACUGAAAUGGCACAGCUGUUUCUGGAACAUACACUGAUGUUUCAAGUGUCUGGAACUGUGUUUGGUAGAGAGCUGCACGAUGAAUUAAUUAGCCAGUUGUGUUGGUCUUCAUCUGGCUUGUUUGUCGCAGCUGCAUUGGAAAACACAGUGAACAUUUGGUACUUACCAGAGGGUGCACACAUUUCUUACAGUGCAGAAAACUGUCAGAUUGAUACCCAAGAGGCAUGGGUUACUGCAUUGGCGUGGCCACAGGUGGCUUGUACCGAAAGGAACUCUGAGCAUCUGCUAGUUGGGACCAUUACUGGCUCAGUAGCUCUUCUCACUGUCUCAAAGGGAUGUGUACAACAUGAUGACCUUAUCAUUGGAACUCAGCCAUACACAUCCGUGUCACACAUUGAAUGGUUUGACGAGGAGAAGGAUUUUGCCAUAGCAUUUACAGAUGGCCGAAUAAAACUUGGAAGGAAGCAUCUUGUACCUAAUAUGAUAUCUAUCGAAGCUCAUCAGGGUUGUAUAUCCAGCAUAAAGUGGGACCCUACUGGCAACUUUCUUGCUAGCUGCGGUACUGAUCAAGUUUGUAGACUGUGGAGAAUUAUUGAUGGGUGUUGGAGCUGCAUUUACAUAUUAAAUCCAGCCUAUGAACCAGUUGCGCUUAUGUGGUCUCCAUAUGUAGGUAAGGGGCCGCAGAAACUUUUACUUUGCAUGGGCACAGCAUAUGGAAGUGUCAAUGUAUGGACAGUUCCUAGCAUUCAGGAAGGUGAGCUAAGUAAUACUGAAGAACCACAGUUGGUACACCAGCUACAAGGACACCUGUACCAUCCUGUAACUGUCCUCAACAUACACAAAGAUGGCCUGCUGCUCGCUACUGGCAACUCAAAAGGAUCAAGAGGUGUAGUGAACAUUUGGUCACUGCAGGAUGGCAGUGUUUUACAGACAUUUUCUGGUGCUGGAGGAGUUAGUAGCCUUUGCUGGCUAGGAGAUGCAGGUCUGGCUGUUUGUUAUGGCAGGAGUAAGGAUGUACAUAUUGCGGCAUAUACGACAUCACGUUUUAUGCAAGACAGGGCAUUAGCAGCUGCUCGCAGUUCAUUGUUGCGCCAAGGUGCAGGAGCACUCCAAGGUUCAAUGACACCUUGCCUGAGUGCACUUAUUUCUGCUUUGCCACAGGCUCUGAGAACACAGUUCAGUACUGAAAAGCCAGCUGUACUGGGUGGUGAACAGUUGCUACAUAGUGAUCAUCUCAAGUGCUUAGCAGCCUUGGCCCUAAUGCUUGGACUAGAUCGUGUUCUGUGUUACAAACCGAUAGCACCAAAUGAUGGAUGCUACAGUAAUACUGUUGUAAGAGACUGGCAAUGGCUUCAAGUACUUAGUGUUGCUGUACGCACUGCUGAUGGGCUUGUGAACCGAACAAAGCUGCCUACUGAGUUCACAGCUGACAUGAGCCUCACUUACGAUGACAGUUGCUCUCCAUCACCAUUGGACAACUCUUCAUGGAGCAUGAAGGCAGACGAACAGUUGAUGGCUUGGUCAGUUCAGCAUCCUCAUGACUGGCAGAUUGGUGGCAAGUGCCAGGCAUAUGUCUGGGGUAAUGGACAAUAUGGACAACUUGCUGAGGCUGGUCGCAGUACACUUCAACCUGUAGCAGUUGAGUCAUUCUCCUCAGCCCAGCAAAUAAUUUGCGGACAGAACUGUACUUUUGUCAUUCAAGCAAAUGGUACUGUACUUGCUUGUGGUGAAGGUAGCUAUGGUCGCCUGGGUCAAGGGAAUUCUGAUAAUUUACAUUCCCUCAGCAUCAUAUCGUCACUUCAGGGAUUUGUGAUUGUGGCACUAGCAACGUCUUGUGGAUCUGAUGGACACAGCCUUGCACUAGCUGAGAGUGGUGAAGUAUUCUCAUGGGGUGAUGGUGACUAUGGAAAACUUGGUCAUGGAAAUAGUGACAGGCAAAGGCGUCCAAGGCAAAUUGAAGCACUUCAAAAUGAAGAAGUAGUACAGGUUGCCUGUGGUUUUAAACAUAGCGCUGUUGUGACAGCAGAUGGUAAAUUAUUUACCUUUGGUAAUGGAGACUAUGGCCGUUUGGGCUUGGGAAACACAGCAAAUAAAAAACUUCCUGAACGUGUGCCCAUACCUGAUGGACAACUAGUGGGGCAGGUUGCUUGUGGCCUUAACCACACAGUAUGUGUAUCAAAGGAUGGAAACACAGUGUGGUCAUUUGGGGAUGGGGAUUAUGGUAAACUAGGACUUGGUAGUACUGCCACAAAAUCCACACCACAGAAAGUGAAGAAUCUCAGCAAUAUGAGUGUAAAACGAGUUUGCUGUGGCACACAGUUUACAGUAUUUCUCACAGAUGAAGGUAGCCUUUACACAUGUGGUAUGGAACGCUACAUAGCUCAACCUGAAUCCCAUAUUCGUGGCCACUGCCAACCACAACGUGUUUUGGCUCUCCAGAAUCACUCUGUGGAAGAUGUUGCAGUAGGUGCAGAGCAUGUUCUUGCUUUGACAUCAGAUGGUGGUGUUUGGGGAUGGGGUAACAAUAGUGACGGGCAACUCGGUCUUGGACAUUUGCUCGUAGUCCGAGAACCCCAAAUCAUACCAUCCCUUAGUGGAAAGGGAAUAAAGCAGAUUUCAACUGGACGUGCGCAUAGUGCAGCUUGGACAUCUCCUCCUGUGCCAAGGAGGACACCAGGCACAACUAUUCCGCUACAGUUUGGGUUACCAGCUCUAGUACCAGCACAAUAUGGUCAUCUUCAGGGUAUAUCAAUAAAGGCAUUGCAGAGCCGGCUAAAGCUUUUGUAUCGCUUUUCAGACAUGUUGUAUUCUUGCUGGCGACUAUUGCCUCUGUGCCCUCAGCAUUGUGAGUGGCUGACACCAUCAUUCCAAGUUUUUGCCUCUCCACAACUGAGGCUUCUUCUUGCACCAUGCGUAUACACUUUACCACUUGUUCGUUCUAUUGGGCGCACAAUGGUUCAGGGACGUAACUAUGGACCACAAGUAACAGUGCGGCGUUUAGCAACACAUGGUCGGCGCUGUCGUCCCAUUUUUGUUCAGGUUGCACGCCAGGUUGUUACUAUGAAGCCCUCUGACCUUCGUUUACCUUCACGUGCUUGGAAGGUAAAGCUUGUUGGAGAGGGUGCGGAUGAUGCUGGUGGUGUGUUUGAUGAUACAAUUACUGAAAUGUGUCAAGAGCUUAGCAGUGGAGCAGUGCCUCUUCUGGUGCCAACACCUAAUGCCGUUAAUGACACUGGAUAUAACAGAGACAGAUACUUGCUCAACCCACAACUUUCUUCACAGCAACAUUUGCUCUGGUUUAAAUUUUUAGGUAUCUUGUUUGGGGUUGCGGUACGGACAAAGAAGCCACUAGCCGUACCAUUAGCUCCUAUUGUGUGGAAACUGCUGGUUGAAGAACCAGUGACAAUGGAUGAUUUAGAAGAGACAGAUAUUCUUUACACGCAAAGUCUGAGAGGAAUAAGAGACAUACAUUUGUCUGGCAUAACAGAAACAAAUUUCUAUGAGGUAAUACCACUGGAGUGUUUUGAAGGCACUAGUUGUACGGGAAAAGUUAUGCCCAUUGUACCAGGUGGCAGAAGCAUUCCCCUCACAUUCCACAAUCGUUUGCAGUAUGUGGAACAGGCUGUCCAGUUCAGACUACAUGAAAUGGACCUUCAGGUAGCAGCUGUGCGUGAAGGAAUGGCAGGUAUUAUACCUGUACCUCUGCUUUCAUUAAUAACUGCUUCACACCUGGAGCAGCUGGUAUGUGGCUUACCCCAUAUAUCUAUUCCACUUCUUAAGAAGGUUGUGAGAUACAGAGAACUGGAUGAGAACAAUAUCCUUGUAAAGUGGCUUUGGGAAAUACUUGAAGGAUUUAGCAGUGCUGAGAGAGUGCUGUUUAUGAGAUUCGUAUCUGGGCGUUCACGUUUGCCUGCCAAUCUUGCAGAUUUGUCUCAAAGAUUUCAGGUGAUGAAGGUAGAUCGUGCACCAGAUGGCCUCCCUACAGCACAAACAUGCUUCUUUCAGCUCCGGCUUCCUCCUUAUACCAGUCAAGAAAUAAUGGCAGAGAGAUUACGCUAUGCAAUCAAUAACUGUCGAUCAAUUGAUAUGGACAAUUACAUGUUGGGUAGAAAUGCUGAUGUAGGUCAUGGAUCAGAUGAUGAGUACUGAAAAGACUGAUGUGGAGGCACCAGAGUCAACGUCAAGAAUUUAUGAGCUGUGUUUUUGUCGACAUGCUAUGAUGAUAAGCCAUCAUCAUUCUGUGAUAUAUUGAAGUCUCAUUUUGAUUAAAUGUGUUACAACCUGCAGGGUGACAUUCUUUGUGUUUGCUGAAGUAGCUAGUAGUAAGUUCCAUACACUUCAAAAUACUUCUUUGUUGGCGAAAGUUAAGGUUAUUUUCAUUAAGAUACUAUUGUCUUUCUCCCCAGGUUGUUCCAGUGUAAGAUACAUCUCACAUGUAGGGAGUAAAUUCAAAAACUAAAUAAACAGUCCAUAUUAUUUCAUAUUACUGACAAAAAUACUGCAUUGUUUUGAUUUGCACCUGAAGCUGUUGCGUAACACCCUUGUGUUUGAGAGUAAAUAGUACAAAAUCCAGAUGCACAUAUUAAUUAAGUUGAAAGUCACAAAUUUAUGCAGCUGUCAUAAUUUUUCCUCUGAGUAUUAACCAGAGAGCCUGUUGUGCACCCUACUAUUGUUUGACACACGCAAAAUGGUAAUAAUAAUAUUUUUAACACAGUUUGAAGGAAUAAUGAAGUGGAAGUGAGACAGGUUACUUUAGCAAGUGAUCAUAUGUGCAGAGAAGUUGAACAGAACUAUUUUUUUUAAUCAUUUUGUAUGCAGUUGAGAGUCAUGAGAUGUAAGCAUUAUUUAUAAUAAAAGGAAGAAGCUGUUGUUUACUGAGUUAAUUUCUGUAACAUACAGCAAGUCUUGUUUUUGUGUAUGUGAACUUAAAAAACGACCCACUAAAAGUUUGAAAGUUGUCUUGUCUAAUGAAUGCCUGUGAUUCAUUUUUAGCUUAAUAUAACCGAAAAUGCUAGGUGAUGUUGAAUUGCUUCAUCACACAUGUGUAAAUAUGUCUGAGAUAGAAUUGUUGUACUGUUUGUUUAAUUCCCACUUUUUGUGAGCAAAACUUGACAUUGUUUGGUGUUUUGUGUGUGUGUAAUUUUUUUCUUCUUCUUUUGUAAUUAAAAGACAAUGUUAGCAUCACAAUGUUUCUGUAAAAUGCAAAUCUUACGAAUGAUGGAAUGCAUUAUUGUUAAACUACAUUCCUAACAAUUUAUCAGUUGUACACUUCAGAGUAGAAAGGAAAUAGGGAAUGGCAGACAGUACCUGAUAGUUCAUGAGUGAUAUUUGCCAAAAAUAUUAAUGUUGCCGCAUUGUGAUUCCAACUAUUUGUUUAUAAUAAUAAUAAAAUGUACACUUACAUUUGUGUUGACAUGACUUGUGAGUAAAAAUACAUAACUUGUUCAUACAUUCCAUUGGUAUCUCAUUUCAGUAUUCUUUUUUUAAGCAUAAUAGGCAGUAUUUAUUGAUAAAAACUUAAAACUCAAGUGUGACAGUUCAGAUAAAUUUAUAAAACUUAGUACAUAAAAUAAGCUGCAUAUUGUUAGACUGUGCUUUUGGACAUGGUCAAUGCCCAAUUCUGAUUCUAAAUAAGAAUAUUAGGGCUGCAAGUUAAAAACCACCAAUUGCUGAUUUUCAUUAAUCAUGUUCUGUUCUAUUCUGUCUUCUUUGACCCUUGUUCCUGAAUAAAUACUGGAACAAACCAUUUAAAA